CAGAGCCCUGGCGGCAGUAAUUACAUAGCUUAGUCUGUGUUUAGGUGCUCAUCUUUGUUCUGUAGGUUGAAUGACCAAAAGAAAAGUGGUUUGGGUUAUGUAAUAGGUGCAGUGAGUUGGCUUUCCUUCUACCUACCAACCUACCUACCAACCUAUGUGCAUCCUGCUGAACCAUAAUUGGAAUCCAUGAGGGAAAACACCUUGACUGGCUCAGAUCUUGUCUUGUUUUCGGGGAUGUGAUGCCGUGAGCAGCCUGAUGACAGAAGAUGCAUCGAGAAACUUUACUUUCCAAAGCUUCCACCCUGCACAGAUUUUAAAUGAGAGAAAUUACACAAACCAACAUAUGAAGAAUGCAAUGAACAGAAAGAGGGAGGGGAGCGAGGUGAGAUGGGGGAUUGACAGAGAGAGGUGGAGGCAGGAAGAACUGGAGGCUGCAGGACAGAGAGAGCAGCGGAGGAAGAAGCACACACCUGGAGUUCAGGAACAUACUUAAAAAGUAGUGAAAAGUGAAACCCAUUUGACAAGUGACUGUUCAAAUCUACCAUUCACAAUGUUAUUGCGGUCUCAUUCAGAGAGAAGAGCCCUCCUUGGGUUCUCAGCCCUGCUGACACACAGUACUCCACAGCAGAGAGACGUGAACUCCCCACAUCCCCUAUCCGUCACCCCACAGGAGUUCAUAUUUAAGCCAAUAUCUCUUACUUCACCACCUCCCUGGGUGACUCAGGCCCUUUCCAACCUGGAGCAAGGAGAACAAGAACUGCAGAGCCUCAGGGAGCGACAGCAGGCCGAAGUGGAGGAGGUGAACCGUGAGUUGGACAAUGCUGCGAUUGAAGCUCACAGAGAGGAGCGUCGUCUUCUUGAAAAGGUUGAGAAGGACCACAGAGAAGCCCAGCGGCACCUUAGUCAGGUGAAGAGGGAGAAUGCUGCAGCAGUACGAGUUGUGCAGUCACUUGUUGACCAGCAACUUAGGAAAAUUGGACAACUGAAGGAACAGAUACAAAGAUGGGGCAGUACCGCUGGUGGAUCCAACAAAAAUCAGCUCCAAAGAGGAGUGGCAGAGGUCACCCAACCUUGGGAGAUCUCUCUAACAAUGAAAAGGGUCAGUUUCUUACCAAGCCCUGAGUCCAAGACCUUAAGUUUAGGGGAAGUUGAUGUUCGAGAGCAAGGUAUGACCUACCCAAUUAGUGUCUGUGGCAUCCAAGGACAAAAGUGUGCCUUGCACUCAGGGGAUACAGCAUUUUCAAACAUUACCCCUGUUGAAAUUCGAAAGGAACAACAGCCAAACAGAGCUGGGCAAAGGAACAGUCCAGAUGAGAGCAAUAAGGCAAACAGUGGAAUCACGCGUGUUGUCAGGAAACUACGUCUGUCAAGCUCUACAGAGAAUGAGGACGAUCUCAAAUCACCCACCUUAAAGUCCCCCAUAUCAAGACGUCGUGGUGCAUCUGAGUCAUCCCAAGAUGAGGAAGUAGAGUCUGUGUGUUCAGACACACAGGGGCAAGACCUUUUCCUUGCUAUCCCACCGGUCUCCAGUCAAGGAGAAUCUGAAGGGGAUGAAUCUGAUGGCAGACAAAAUGGAUCCAAAAGGUGUUUCACAUUGAAGGGUAAGAGGAAGCAAAAGGCCCUUGUCUUGGUCUCGUGCGAAGAACCAUCCUGCCCUCCUGAAGAAACUGAUGCAAAAAGCAGUUAUGUGGCUAUAUCUCCAAAGACUAGGCGCAAAGGUUCACUCUCAAGGUACAGUCUUGUAGAUCAUCCACUUUCUCAACACACCCUACCCAAGAAGAAAACCUCAAAUCAAUCUUCAAUGGAUAGUGGAAGCCCUCCAUCCCCAGUGGACAGUGAGGAUUCCUGUUAUACCUAUACUGUGAAUACUCCACUAAGGGGAUCCCUCAAGCAAGAGCACUGUCGCUCAAUGUCUACCACUGACCUCUCAGGUAAACUUCGACCUUUGAUUCACGGUGACAAACGUGAGCGUGGAGGAAUCCGGAAGGUCAACAGAAUGUGCCUUGCCUCUCAACCUUCAACUCUUGAACAAGGUGAAAGAAAUAUCACAGAAUCUGACAGGAAUACCAUGAGUUUUGAAGAACGACAAUCAAGAUCUCAGACUCCUGUUAAACAGGGUUCAAGUUUAAACCGGGUGAGCAGAUCUCUUUCCAUGUCAGCCAUUGAAGGAGACAAAUUACACCUAGGCAAGGAAUCACAACAAUACAACAAGGAUAAGAAAGAGAGAGUUGUGCCAGCUUUGGGGGAACUGGAGGAAGAGGGGGGUUCAACUGCGCUCGACUCAGCUUAUUUAGUCAAACAGUUUGGAAAACAAGGAUCAGGUCGCACUGACUUCAACCUACCAAGCGGCGUCCAUGCAACUGUCAAAGGGCAACUAUUUGUGGUCGAUUGUGGAAACGCCCGCAUUCAGGUGACUGAUCUCCAGAAAAAUGUUGUACAGCAAGUGUCUCCUUCAGGAUCAGAAAGGUCUUCCCGCAUAUGCAACUACUUUGACGUGGCUGUGAACUCGAAGGGCCUGAUUGCCCUGACCUGUGCUGCUGAACGAGCUGUGUUGGUGUUCAGCCGUCAUGGACGCCUCCUGCAAACGUUUGGAGGCACAUUGAUUGGUUCCACUAAUGAAGAGCUUGAUGCUCCCAGAGGGGUGACUGUUACUCGUCAAGAUGAGUUCUUGGUUGCUGACCUCAAGCGUGGCAUUCUUACUUCCCUUAAACUGGAUCCCAAAACCGGGGCCAGAUUGGAGCGCACGGUGGUGACCGGGUUUCACAGACCCUACCUAGUGGCAGCCUGUCUCACAACUGGGCUCAUGGCAGUAUCUGAACGAGGAAAUGAGACUGGACGUGUCCCAUGUAUCCGGGUUCUGGAGCCUGGCUGGAACACUAUCCGAAUCCUAGGGGUGUGCUCUGGAUUGGGGCCUGUUCUGACCUGCCCUUGGGGUCUCUGUAUUGACAACGAUGGGGAUGUCCUGGUGGCAGACUGGGGAAAGCAGCACCACCGUGUUCUUUUCUACCCAUCCAAAGGUGUUGGUUGGCCUCUGGUGAAUGAAAGCCUGAGUAGCCCAAGGGGCCUGGGGCUGCUUCCUGAUGGCCAUAUGGUUGUGUCAGACAGCAUGAAUCAUUGCAUCAAGAUCUACCACUACAAGUGAACUGCAGAAGAUGACAAACACAGAGAUAGAAACAAAUAUGGAUAGAGUUAAGACUAAUUGAUGUGAUAGGAUGGGAAGGCUAAAUCUGUAAUAACAAGCAAUACAUAUACGUACAUAUAUAAUAUCCUUGGGAAUUUAUCAUGUGUGUCUUUGAGUUAUUGACAGCCUCUACCUCCUACCUACUUUAAUUUGUAAAGUGUUUGAUGAGAUGUCAAUUGGUGAUGGUAAUUUGAUAAUCAGUAGAUGCAAGAACAUUGUAACAGAUUAGUUCAUAUUAUUUACAUAGUAGUGAAAGUACUUUUAAUUUAUCCUUGAGUGUUUCUAAUGGGUUUAUAAUUGAUUAAUAAUCUACAGUAAAGCAGAGUAGACCAUAAUGCUGUGUGCCUGGAUGAUAUUCAAUGACUUGUUGUGAAUUAUACCUAUAUUGCAAAACAUUUUAUUAUCAAUAAUCAAGACACAUUUGAGAACUUAGUGUAACCUAUCAGUGUAAUCAGCAUAUCAAACAGUUUAGUUGCCUUAAUAAGGAGCAUAAGGAUUUUUGUCCUGUCAAUAUUUCUGACAAAAUAAUUAAACUUUGGUUCAAACCUAACUGUGUAUGAUUAUGUUGUUAGUGGGGCUAUU